AUGUUUGCUGUGACGUUGUUGCAUGGCACCUGCGCACACACACACGCAGCGCCUGCAUCCCUCCCUUUUGUGUCCGUCCUCUGCCGGAGUGGCCACACACACGGGCAGCAGCAAAAUCACUUCACCCUCGACGAUCCAAAAUCAACACCGACAUCCCUCGCGACGCAAAGAUCUCAGUUGCAGCACGGGCCUCCUUUCGCCCUGCCAUCAACGCUGAAACACGGCACAGUGCACGCACUUAUUUUCCUCGUGUGCAGUCAGCCGUUUGCUUCACACAUUCUUCGAUGGGCUGACGCCCACAAAAGCACGCCACAAAAGGCCACCGUGAUCGCACACGCUCUUGCGAUGGGCGUCGGUGUGUGCAUGGAUCCGCUGCUCACACGUGCUGGCAGGCAGCCUGCAGCCGGUGCCCUCGUGCCAGUUCAUCGGCUCCAGCACGGAAAAGAGAAAAUGGCCUAUUCCCGAUGCACUUAUUCCCGCCAGCAGCACCAACACGCUGGUCGCCAGCCGUCAUUCCUCAGCACAUCCAGGAAUGCCGAAAAGUGA